GGGCAGCCUGGAAGUCCUGGACGCAGCAGGGGCGGGCCAAAGAUUCCCUCAGCUUCAGCUGGCGGAGGAGGAGAAGCUGCUCUUCAUGCCGGAAGGCUACACAAUGGUCGUGCCGACAGCUCUCCAUUGCUUGCAUUGGGCUGCCGCUCGGAGCGGCGUUGAGUACGAGGAGGACGCCGUGGUCAGCAUCGACCGGCGUAGCAAAACCGUCACGACCCGCGAUGGCCGAGAGAUUCGCUACCACAAGCUGGUGAUCACAGCUGGCCCAUGGACCAACAAAGUGCUGCAGUCUGCCCAGCUUGACGGUCUGCCCAUGAUUGUGUCCAAUGAGCAGACGGUGGAGUUCCUCGCCAAGGAUGGCGCGCCCAACCACGACUGGAAAGAGUUUCCACUGUUCACCUGGAGCGAAGCUGGGUACAAGGGCCGAGCAGAGGACGGCGGGUGUCGCUACUUCUACACCACGCCACACUGCCCGCUGCCUGGCAGCGGGUCCCAGGGCGUGAAAGUGGGCUUUCACCGGCAGGGCCCUUUGCUGCAGACGGAGGACUUCCUGGUGACGGAGCAAGGCGAAGCUUGCAGCGCCCGGCUGCCAAAUAUCCGAAAGGAGCUGAGAGCUCAGCAAGAGUUCGACUGGGAUGGGUUUUCUUUGGAUGCAAUCCAGCAGUUCCUGAAAUCUCGGUUGCCCGGGCUGGAUGCAGAUCAUCCGGUGGGCUUUAUGCGAUGUCUUUAUCAGCUGACGCCUGACUUGCAGAUGAUUCUUGGACCUCAUCCCCAAGAUUCCUCAGUGGUCUUGGCCUGUGGCUUCUCUGGCUCCGGGUUUCAGUUCGCGCCGGCCAUCGCGGAUUUCUUGGCCGCUCUGGUCGCAGAGCGGAAAUUGUCGGAUCUGCAAGGCCGCAUGCUCAGCAAGUUCGACCCCACGCGCUUUUGAUGGAUGGCUGUCGCUCACUUCGCUUUUGCCUGCGGCAG